AUGAACACGCCUCCUUGUUACGACUGCCCCUCGCCGCUCGAGUCGGUGAUCCAAACGCCAAAAUCGAUAGAAGAUAUCGAGUUGUCCCCUUUUCGAUUGCUCUUGAAUCAAGCGGCCGAUCGACUAUGCCCCUAUAUCGAUUCGCUCGAGAGCGCUCCGGCAAAGAACCCCUCAUUGACGACACAGCUCCGUGAAGAGGCGUUAAAGCCGCCUGGAGCGGCCCUCGGUGUGUCCACAGCACUUGACAAGAUCAUGUCCGUGGCCUUGUCCGGGUACGAAAGCAAUUCUCCCCUGCACAUGGCGUACGUGUGUUCAGGCAACGUCGCAGAGGCUGCCGUCGGUGAACUCGUCUCGCUCGUGCUCAACCGGUACGUCUCGCUUCGACAACAUGGGGAGGGAAUGGCAGCGAUGGAGGAUGGAUUGAUCCGAUGGAUGGUCGGGGUCAUGGGCUUGCCCAGCUCGGCACAUGGGAUAUUGACGUCGGGGGGGUCCAUGGCGAUCCUUUCGGCUGUCGUCGCGGCCAGAGAGCGGGUGGUCGGCAGGAGGAGCACGUCGAUGAUGGACAGGGCGAGGGUGUAUGUGACAGACCAGAGUCACAUGUCCUUGGUCAAGGCGAUCCAUUUUGCAGGUCUCUCGCCGUCCUGCGUGGUCAAGCUGGAUCUGUGGCGGAUGGAAGAGCAGGUGAGGUCGGACGUGGAGAGGGGUCACGUGCCGAUGAUGGUGUUUGCGACGGCUGGGACGACCAGUACGGGAUUGAUCGAGCCAUUGGUAUCACUCGCCUCGCUCGCUCGACGCCACAACGCAUGGUUCCAUGUCGACGCGUGUUACGGGGGUUUCUUCAUGUUGACGGAGAGGGGGAGGGCGAGGUUGAGAGGGAUAGAGGAAGCCGAUUCGAUCAGUCUGGAUCCACACAAAUCGCUCUUCAUGCCAUCCGGUUCAGGUGCAUUGCUCGUUCGUGAUGCGCAUGCGUUCAAGCAUCACCUCUCCCCUGUUCGUGGGGCGUAUCUGAGGGAUGUCGUCGUCGACGCAUUUUCACCAUGGCCAGAAUUCGCGGAUCUAGGUCCAGAGCUGACGCGCGAGAGUCGAGCGUUGAAACUGUGGUUACCACUCCAUGUUCACGGGAUCGAAUGGUACAGACAGCUGCUAGACGAUCGACUCGACUUGGCCGCCCACCUCGCCUCCAGUCUCGCCGCGCUGUCCAUGAUAGUCACCCUCAACCUGUCCAUCGUCACGGCUCGGUUGGAUGAUCCGGAACAGACCAAUCGAUUGGUCUUGCGACUCUGCGCUUCCCGUGAGAUUCUAUUUUCAAGCACUGUCGUGGGUGGACAGGCUGUAUUGAGGUUCUGCGUGCUGCAAUGGCGUACGUCGAUGAGGGAUAUAGAGAGAGUGGUGGGCGUGGUGAAAGAAGUGAUGAGGGAUUAA